CUUUUCCUCUGCAGGGGCCUUGUGCAGUAAACCCCCUACGGGCGGUCGUCCGUCGUCCUAAAGUAGUCCCCGCGAAGCUUUCGGGAAGAGGGGUAGUCUUGUGUGUAAGCAUAGCAUUUCUGGUCGAACCCGCCCAACCCAACUAAGAAGAACCGAACCUGUUUUUCCUUUUGGGAGGGUACUCCGAGUAGUGGGUACCUCGUAGGACCUCGACCCGCCUACUCGGGUCUUGUAUGGAUAUGCAGGAAGGGGUGCUCCUAGGUGUGUGUAGGGGUUGUGUUUGUUCGCGAGAAAAGAUUUCUCGUAAAGUCAGUUUGGGGGGUGUGGACACACUUGCGCGAAUUCGGGUAACGGCUACAAGGGAGAAAUCGAAAGGAAACUGUACCCGACCAGGGAUGGACGUAAACUCGUAAGCUACCGAAGGUAGGGAUAAUCGUCCAGGUCUUAUUGUGAAAGAAAAAAGCCGCCCCGCCACAGCAGACGGGUUUCGUCGCCGGGGAGCUCUUGGCGAGGAGACCUUUGACCUUUGGAGAAUUUGCUAAAACAAACGGAUCGACCCGUUCAGUAGAAUUACGAAGAAAGACUGUUGGUUCAAAAGGAAAUGCGGACAGGGUAGAGCUCGGCAGAGGGUUCGAGAAUAGACUAGAAGACAUAGGUACGAAAUGAGUUAGACGAAUUGUUCAACUCAUUUGAAACGAAUCCCUUGUAGCUCGACUGAGUCGCUUAGUUUCACUAUGUGAAACUCAUUCACUGAGAUACGUAUCUUGAUACGUAUCUUACGGCUUCCGUUAGUUCGUAUUCUAUUAUUCUAAAGGAGCUCCAUACGUAGUAACUCGAGCAGGUAGGGGUCCUGUCCUUAAAUAAAAGAGUUCCAAACCUUUAUGUCCGUACAAGUUCCGGCCAGGAUGAUUGAAAAAGAUGAAACCAAUUUGAACCGCUCACAUCACAGUAGUAGUAGCGUAAAGGCCGUACUAUUUCCGCUGCGUGAGCAACCCGACUUGCUUUACAGGCCGCACUCCUCUCCCCUCUUCGAGGGACUCCCUUUGGUCGUACCUCUUCGAGGGACUCCCUUUGGUCGUACCUCUUCGAGCGACUCCCGUUGGUCGAGGUACGAAUUCUCUAGUCACUUCGUACCUCUUCCCAACGAGCCCAUUUUUCUUUUUAUUUGGAAUUUGGAAGAAUUCGCAUGGGUUCUCCAGAUAGGGCCCCACUAGUCCGGCUCGGUUCGGGCAUCUCCCGCAACGCAAGCACCAUUGUUCGACACCACCCGAGGAGCAAAAUAUUCGAGAGUCCAGGCUGAAAAUACAUGCAUAGAUUGGUCUAAUGCCAAGGCCGACGACGGAAGCUCGGGACGGAGCCGUAUGAGGCGGAAGUCUCACGUACGGUUCUCUGAGAAGGGAGUGGCUACCUACUGGAGCUUCGACCAACCAAAUUCCGCUUUGGGGCCACCCCUUACUCUACCAUUAUUAUAGGGGAACAACCGAUUUACAAAUUUCAUUAACCACAGAAUUUAGUGAGCGGCGCCAAAUCUUUCUAUGGAUUGCUUCUUUCGCCUCUUUCGCCGUCAAAGUGCCUAUGCAAACGAAUCAAGGAGCUACAAGCCUGUAGGUCCGCUAACGUCAAGCGAGGAGUUGAGCCUGAACUGGCGAACCGAAGUCACUUUCGGAACCAUACUUCCUACAGCUAACAUGUGUCCAGUCCAGCGGGAACGCGCAGCGCAAACGAAUCGGUCUGUAGCUGCUAUACCGAAUCCCCCGCAGGCCAUCGGGGACCGAGUGGUAAGGCCAUGAUCCGCAGGGGAAUGGAUCACUCAUUCUUCCAUUGGGGACAGGUGCACGAACGACAACUCCAAACGUCAUACAUCCGCCGCCUACCUACCGUUUAGGUGGCACCAGCGAGAUCCAGCCCACGGAGCGGUAAGGAACUUUGUGUCGCGGCUGCUCCACUCCGCUGCGGUCUCAUGAACCCUUCCCGCUAAGAAGCGAAGAAUGAUUCAUUUGGAUCGACGAGCUUUUUCGGCCAGAAUCAAUGGAAUGUCUGUCUAUCCAAUUCUAUCUGUAUAUCUAGGGGAUCUCUCUAUACAUAUAAAAGCAUGCCUAGCCGUAGCCGGAUCAGAUCUUUUGGACCUAG